CUCAGAGCUCUUCGUGCCCUCCUGCAAGCGCCAAGGAGGAAGAGAAGUGUGCGUACUGCGUAGUUCCAUAGACCCGGACAAACCAGCGCCAUCAUACAACACCAGCAACUGUUGGUUUAGUUGUAUAUCUGCCUUGCAGCCGUAUUAUCUGUAUCACCCUUUUUGUGUCGCGAUGGCUGGCCUAUCUUUGGAACAUCCUUGGGCGUUCGCCUUCGGCCUCCUAGGCAACGUCAUCUCCUUCAUGACCUUCCUAGCCCCGAUACCGACGUUCUACCGCAUCUACAAGAGCAAGUCGACGGAAGGUUUCCAGUCGGUUCCCUACGUGGUAGCGCUGUUCAGCGCCAUGCUGUGGAUCUUCUACGCACUGAUCAAGUCCAACGAGACCUUCCUCAUCACCAUCAACGCCGCCGGCUGCGUUAUCGAGACCAUCUACAUCGUCAUGUACUUCGUCUACGCGCCCAAGAAAGCCAAGCUGUUCACGGCCAAGAUCAUGGCCCUCCUCAAUGGCGGCGUCUUUGGGGUCAUCCUCCUGCUCACCCUUCUCCUCUUCAAGGGUAGUAAGCGCGUUGUGCUGCUUGGCUGGAUCUGCGUCGGCUUCUCCGUCAGUGUCUUCGUCGCGCCACUAAGCAUCAUGAGGCGCGUGAUCCAGACGAAGAGCGUAGAGUACAUGCCCUUCUCCCUCUCCCUCUCGCUCACCCUCAGCGCCGUCGUCUGGUUCCUCUACGGCCUCCUCAUCAAGGACAAAUACGUCGCGCUACCAAACGUCCUUGGGUUCAUCUUCGGCGUGGUCCAGAUGGUGCUCUACGUGUUCUACAUGAACAAGACGCCGGUGGCGGCUGCCGUGGGCAAGGAUGCCGGCAAGCUUCCCUCAGCUGCAGACGAGCACGUCCUCGUCAACAUUGCCAAGCUCAACCCCGCCCUCCCGGAGAGGACCUCCGGGAUGCACCCAGUCACCCAGAUGGCGGCCGUUCCUGCCAGGAGCUGCGCUGCUGAAGCAAUCGCGCCGGCGAUGCUGCCCAACAGGGACGUGGUCGACGUCUUCGUCAGCCGACACAGCCCCGCUGUCCACGUGGUCUAGCUUCUCCAUCAUCGCAAGCAAGCAUGAAUCGAGUCGAGUCCGAACGCAUAAUUAAGCACCCAAUCUAUUGGAUAUAUAAAUACGCGCGCCCCAACAUGUGCGCCAUAUAGCCGUUUAUUCCAACCCUUAGCUUUGUUUAAUUCUCAAAUAUGCAUUUGAAGUAAUGUACUUUCAUGCAACCAGGAAUUUCAUUUUCCCCUCCAAAAUAACCAUAAGAAUUUUCUAU